UCUAGAGAUUACAGAGGAAAACAAAGUAUCCAUCUUUCGCUAUUUUGACCUUCGGUUUCUUACUUUUUUGAGUGGUGGGUACAAGAAACAACAAACCCUAGAUUUAUCUCAAAAUCUCAGACGGAUUCGACCAUGUCUGAAUCUCCUUCCGGUUCACCAACCAUGUCCGACUCAAACACACCGCUUCUCCGCUCUCGACAAAACUCGCCGAGACGCCGACAGCCUGUAAUCGCGGUCCUGUUAGGCCGAGCUUCCGGUCGGCGAGGGGCUUCGAUGGUUGUAAGAGAGACAGCUGCUCAGGAGCUUGAGGAUCGACGAGCCGAUUGGGGAUACUCUAAACCCGUCGUGGCUCUUGAUAUGCUUUGGAACACUGCUUUUGUGGUUGUUGCUAUAGUGAUGCUUUUGGUUUCCAAGGACGAGAAUCCUAACGUGCCGAUUAGGGUUUGGAUCUGUGGGUACGCUCUUCAGUGUCUUGUUCAUGUGGUGCUUGUGUGGUUGGAGUUUAGGAAGAGGAACAACACGAGCCGGCGAGGUGGGGAUUUGGAAGCUGGUGAAGGUUCUGUUCAUGGAAGAAAUAGUCAUGAUAGCGAGGAUGAGGAUGGUGAUGAGAGGAUCCUCAGCACUAAGACUUGCGAAUCGUUUAACACCAUAAUAUCAUUCGUCUGGUGGAUCGUUGGCUUCUACUGGCUUAUAUCUGGUGGUGAUAUCCUUCUUCAAAAUGCAUCGCAUUUGUACUGGUUGACUUUUGUUUUCUUGGCAUUUGAUGUGUUCUUCGCCGUCUUUUGCGUUAUACUGGCAUGUCUUAUCGGAAUCGCACUCUGUUGCUGUCUCCCUUGUAUUAUUGCUCUUCUUUACGCUGUUGCCGGGCAGGAGGGUGCAUCAGAAGCAGAUCUCAGUAUCCUUCCCAAGUACAAGUUCCAAAUGAUGAACAAUGGCGAAAAGCAAAGUGACGGUGGCGGGAAAAUGAUACCAAUCGAGGCAGGCACUGACUACUCGGGAAACGAACGUGUGCUUCUGCCUGAAGAUGCUGAUUGCUGUAUAUGUCUGAGUUCAUAUGAAGAUGGAACAGAGCUGGUGGCACUUCCUUGCAACCACCACUUUCAUUCCACUUGCAUCGUGAAAUGGCUGAAAAUGAACGCCACAUGUCCAUUGUGCAAGUUCAAUAUCCUCAAAGGUAAUGAACAAGAAUGAUGUAGAAAACCUUUCAUCUGUUAAAGUUUUCCUUGGAUCGUGUUGUUUUCUUUCUGUUGUAUAUAUAGAGAGAGUAGAGAAAUAAUUGUGUCUUUUUGUAAGCCGUAAGAUAAAAUGUGACUUUGUUGUCAUUCUCUUUAUUUUAUUAAAUAUAGAUAUUCGUCCAA